UUCAUAGGCUGCAUGGCUGGAAGAACCACAACAGAUCAUCUAUAUACAUCAGGUAAUUGAUAUUUGAGACUAUAUUGACUGAGAGAGGAUUGUGCCAGUGACAUAUUUUGUUUGUUCAAGGACAGACAGGGUUAUCUGACAGCACCAAGGACCAAAAGGUAUCUUUAUGACCAUACAUAUACAUGUACAGAAUCUGGUGGUCUUUACAGUUACAGGUCUUUUUAUUUCCAAUUAAUUUCUCUGUUUUAAAGUUGUAAUGUAUUUAGUAAAAAUGGGCAAAAUAUGAGUCAGUUUAAGAAAAGACAAACGCUCGAGCUAAGGACACUUGGAUCAGAAUAUAUCAAUCCUCUCACUUUGAAUAGCAUAAUUAUUUGAAGAUAUUUCAUAUUCAUUGAGGUUAAUUAUCUUCUAAUCAAUUUGACUGUAAUACAGCAGAGUGGCGCUGUGAGAAAAACAUGAGGUUGAUGUCUUUCAUUGCUUCAGGAAGUUAUUGGAAAUGAUGAAAUGACAUCACCACAGAUUUUUCCUGGCUUUGUUUGGUGCUUCUCCUGACCACGCCUUCAUGCCAUCUCCACCAUAAAGCAGCCAGGCCUGAGUGUGUUCAUCAGUUGAACUCCGGUCAGUGUGGACAACAGGUGCACUGCAGCUCUCUCCGCCUCCCUGCUGGAUAAUGCCCGCAGAGAAGCGCCGCUCGUCGCUUUGCGCAGGGCUUCAUCAUCUUCUGCACUUUGUACAUUUGUACGUUUUUGUAUCUUGAUCACUUCCAGCCGCAAUAAUGCCUUUUCCGCCCAUCAGCCUCCACCAGCGGAUCUCCUCUCCUGGCAGGGAUCUAUUCGGGAAAAAGAAAUCCACCGGAGUGCCUGCUCACACUGAGCUUACCAGCAAAUCCGGCGGCGAAAAAGCGGGGUCGGAUAAGGAGAAGCAAUCCUCUUCUUGGACAACCGCGAAUUUAAGAAAUUUGGGCCGUAAAGUCCAUCGAGAGAAGAGUAAAAGCCCUACUCAAAAGUCAAGUGGCGGUCAGGAGAUCCAGGGAAAAAGCUCCUGGCUGUCGGUACCCAAACCUCAGGACUCUGAAGGAGUCAGGCGCUCCAGCUCCAUGGACUCCGCCAGACACCUCCACGGCAAAGACGAAGGGAAGAAGGAGAUCCAGUUUACCCUCAGUCUCACCCCUGAAGCCAUUCUUGUCAUCCAGAAACGAAAUUUAGAAAAGCAAAUGAUGGCAAAGCAGCAGAAGUGUUGCGCCUCCGCAGACUUUCGACACCGGCGAGUAUUUCCUUCCAAAAAGGCGCACGGAUCGUCCAAUAAGGGCAGCGCUCCUGUGGCCAAAGCGGAAAGCGCAGAGCAGGACAUCACCGCCAUCGUUAAGAUAUCGCUUUUGAAUGAUCAGUACAAGUACGACGAUGUGGAGUAUGAAGACGAGGACGGAGACGUGGACGAGACUGUUGUGAGGAAAUGUAAAGAGUGGCUCAGAGGAGUCGAGAAUGCUGCUGCUUUGGGAAAGGUCGACAAACUUUCUGCACUUCCGCACCUUAAAGGAUGCUGACACAUGACUUUUGAACUUUUUCUUUUACUGUAGAGAUGAUGGACUCAUGAAAAGUGUGCACCGAUGUAGGCUUGCUGCAAUGGUAUCUUACAUUUGAGUUAUGUAAAUUCAACGUAUUCAAAUGAGGGGAGAAAUCAACUCCGUAUGUCACCAAGAAUGACACUUAUUACACGAAAUUCACAUAGAAAAGUAAUUAAUUUGGAAAUGGGACAUUUAAAAAAAAAUGGUUUUAAAUUGCAGCUUGUGGCGCUGUAGCCAACAGUGCUUCUUAUGGGAUGUUGCUUUGAAUUUUAAAGCCUGGCCGAUGUUUGUUAAAGUUUGAACUGAAUACCUUAAUAUCCUCAUUCUUUGCACAUGGUUUUGUUUUCAGUGGGGUGCCAGUGGAUUGGCAGAGGGGUUUGCGUAAAGGGACCCGGAACGGUUCCUUUGUGUGUGUGUGAACAAAACGCUGUCAACAACCGCUUUAUACGCGCCUGCUGCUGAAACCAAACUGGACUGUUUAUUUGUCCUCUAAUCACAGAGGGUUCUAUCCUUUGUAUGGAUUUAUCAUCGAUGUACAGUAUUUAAUAUUUACUAAAUAUUUGUACUGUCAAAUGUUUUCUCAGCUGAUGAUUUUAUGCCUUUUGAAGUAAAAAAUGUCUUUUUUAAAUUA